CUUCAAUCUCACGACAGCACUUUCAGCCAACGACAGCCGACGCCUCGUCAACUCCUUCAAAAUGUCCACCACCGUUCAGACCGGCAAGAAGCAGCGCUCGGCCAUCGCCGAUGUCGUCUCGCGCGAGUACACCAUCAACAUGCACAAGAGAUUGCACGGUGUUUCCUUCAAGAAGCGUGCUCCUCGUGCUAUCAAGGAGAUCAAGGCCUUCACUGAGCGUGCUAUGGGCACCAAGGAUGUCCGCAUCGACCCCCAGUUGAACAAGAAGGUCUGGGAGGCCGGUGUCAAGGGCGUUCCUUUCCGUCUCCGUGUCCGCAUCUCCCGUAAGCGUAACGACGAGGAGAACGCCAAGGAGAAGCUCUACUCCAUGGUCUACGCCGUCAACGUCAAGGAGACCAAGGGUCUCCACACCGCUGUCGUCGACGAGGAGUAAACGGGGAAAAUCUUCUUCAUUUCCAUAUUAGAUAUACCUUUUGUUACUCUAUGAAAUGAUGGGGUUUCUCUCUGUUUUUACGAUACCGUCCGGGGCGGGUCUUGCUCGGUUGGGUUGGAACAUUUAAAUUAAAAAAAUCGGAAAAGUUUCUUUCCCUGUCGUGAUUCUGGAGUCUUCGUAGCGUACAUCAACUUCCACUAGCCCUCACUCUCAAAACGUGUAUGGAGCCACACGUAUAUGAUUUUCUCCCACAUACAGAAGAGACUCUGUCUAAAGGUAUAUUGGAAACUUGCAUGGACAUACUAUCAUACUAUACUACCUAACAGUGUUAUGCACUCCCACACGACUACCCAAAUUUAUUACUAGAACCCAACUCACAUACAACAUCCAACUUUUUCCAAACAGAAAAAAGUAAAAAGAAAAGCAAAAUCAUUCAAUAUCCCCGAUCCACCAACCCAUCUAUUCAACACACACCAAGCAAUAAACCAUAUACGAACCCCCAAACUAGCACCGCC